ACACUAAGGUAAACAAAGAUGGCUAGUUUGGGUGCUUCUCCUUCUUUGCUCUUCGUUUCUUUCAUUCUACUUGCUUCACACAUUUGUGCCUCUGAGCCACAAGCCAAGCCCCCAGUGGUAAAGGGACUAUCAUAUUCUUUCUAUUCCCAAACAUGUCCUAAGCUUGAAACCAUUGUUAGAAACCAUCUCAAAAAGGUGUUCAAGCAGGACAAUGGCCAAGCCCCUGGCUUACUCCGCAUUUUCUUCCAUGAUUGCUUUGUUCAGGGAUGUGAUGGGUCAGUGCUGCUAGAUGGGAGUCCAGGUGAAAGAGACCAACCUGCCAAUGGAGGCAUAAGAAGUGAGGCCUUGCAGACCAUUGAUGAUCUAAGGGCUCUUGCCCAUAAGGAGUGUGGAAGAAUCGUUUCCUGUGCAGAUAUCACUGUCUUGGCAGCUCGUGAUUCUGUUUACCUAACAGGAGGCCCUGAUUAUGCAGUGCCACUAGGAAGACGUGAUGGCAUAAGCUUCAGCACUUCAGGGACAAAUAAUCUUCCAUCACCCUUUAACACAACCAGCGUGACCAUCAAAACUUUUGCAGCCAAAAACUUUGAUGUAACCGAUGUGGUUGCCUUAUCAGGUGCACACACUUUUGGUCGUGCUCAUUGUGGCACAUUCUUCAAUAGACUUUCUCCUUUAGACCCCAACAUGGACAAAACCUUAGCCAAAACACUCCAAGCCACAUGCCCAGAUGCAAAUUCUGGUAACACUGCCAACUUGGACAUUAGAACUCCCACAGUUUUUGACAACAAAUACUAUCUCGACCUAAUGAAUCGCCAGGGUGUGUUCACUUCUGACCAAGAUUUGCUCACUGAUAAGAGGACAAAGGGUUUAGUAAAUGACUUUGCCGUCAAUCAGACCUUGUUUUUCGAGAAAUUUGUGGAUGCUGUUAUAAGGCUGAGCCAAUUGGAUGUGUUGACAGGAAAUCAAGGUGAAAUUCGUGCCAAAUGCAAUGUGAUUAACAAUAAGAAAUCUGUAUUGACAUCUGUGGUGGAAGAGGCAUUGCAAUUCGUUGAUCAAUUUUAAGUUCAUGAAGCCCUAGUUUCUUAGUUCUUCUUGUGUGUUGUUGUUUGCAAAUUCCUUCUUGUUUCUUGUUUAACUUAUGACUCUGUAAUAAGUACGAGGUGUUUGGUAUGUACUUCAGUUUGCAAACAAAGGAAAAUUUUCUU